AUGCAUACCAAUCUGGUUUUCAUCCCUGUUUCAACCCACUCGUUGGUACAUGUCGUCUUGACUACAAACGACAGGAGAACAGGUAAUAUUUGGAUGUUAUUGUCAACUUUCGUACCCAGAGGGCUUUUUGUCGCCCUUUUUCGAUAUGUAUUAUACAUUGGAAUGCGAGGGUGCUACAGAAGUGCACUGGACUAUUGCAAAAUACUCCUCAGUCUCGAUGUGGAGGACGAUCCUUUGGCGGUGCUACUAAUGGUUGACCACUAUGCACUACUCUCUGGACAAUAUGAAUGGCUAAUCUCGUUGUACGAAUGGUUAAACCCUUCUCGUAAUUUAUACCUACUGCCCAACUUUGCGCUGUCGGUAGCGCUCUCAGCGAAGUUCCUCCGUGAUUCUAGAAUUCAACCGUCUGGGAUCCGAGAUGCAGAUUUGUUGAUACAAGACGCGUUGAUACUAUUUCCUGGAUUCGUCACCCGCCUGCUAAAACACGCAAGCAUCGGCAACGUGACUAAUCUGGAUCGUUCCAUCCUAUUUGGAGGGGAAGUUCAACGUGAACCGGAAAGUCUUGGCCGUUUGUUGGACUUGUAUGUGGCUCGUACUCGUCAUCUGUGGACGUCCCCAGACGUCCAGACUUGGCUGGAAUCCAACGUGGAGACUGUGCUCAUUCUGGUAGAACCCGAAAAAUGCCCGGAAUUGUCCACACAACCUCACAGGCCAACAGAUUCUCGGCUCAUGGAGUACGCUAAAAGGUACACCUCUGAGUCCCCUCACAUUUGCGGGGGCCAAAUCGCUAAACCCGUAUUUUGGUGGUGA